AUGUCGUUCUCCGACACUUCCAAAGAUCGCGAGCGAGGUAUCGGUGGCAACAACGAUAAUGGCCUUCCUGCCGAGCCCAAGUCGGAACAACCAGUCGUCAACAACGAAGCACAAGAAAAAUUAGGUGGUCCGGACGAGCAAUACCGCCAGCGCCAUGGUUCCAUCCUCGUUGGUGCACAAUCGCCUGGUGUGGCCCGGAUGGAGGCCAUGAGCGAGGUCAUCACCCGAACGGAUCGCAUCUUCCUAUUCAUCGGCGUCUUCUUGAUCGCUUACGCCUAUGGUCUUGAUGGAACUGUGCGCUACACGUACCAGACCACUGCCACCGCUUCUUGGGGACAACAUUCACUUCUUGCCACUGUCAACGUGGUCCGAUCGGUCAUUGCUGCUGCUGCACAACCCACCGCCGCCAAAAUCGCCGAUGUUUUUGGUCGUGUCGAAUUGGUUUUUCUCAGUGUUGCAUUCUAUGUCGUUGGCACCAUCAUUGAAGCCGCUGCCAACAGUACUUCGACAUUCGUGGGCGGCGCCGUCCUCUACCAGAUCGGAUAUACCGUGGUGAUUCUGCUGGUCGAAGUCAUCAUUGCAGAUAUCACUUCCACACGCGCCCGGUUGUUUUUCAGUUAUAUUCCGGCUCUUCCUUUCAUCAUCAACACUUGGGUCAGCGGCAACAUCACUGCAGCAGUUCUGGGUGCCACCACAUGGAAAUGGGGCGUUGGCAUGUGGGCGCUCAUCUACCCGGUCUGUGCUCUACCCCUGAUGAUCUCGUUGAUGGUGGUAUCUCGCCGUGCGAAGAAGGCUGGCAUUAUGGAAAAAUAUAAAUCUCCGUAUCAGCAAUUGGGCGUCAAGCGAUUGACCGUCGAGCUAUUCUGGGCUCUGGAUGUGAUUGGCAUUAUCUUGUUGAUUGCGGUGUUCGCCCUGAUUCUCACCCCUUUCACAAUUGCCGGCGGUUACGGUGACAACUGGAAGAAAGCGCACGUUAUUGCACCGCUGGUUGUCGGACUCCUUUGUGUUCCCGCAUUUAUUGUCUGGGAGUUGAAGGCCCCCAAGCCUCUUGUGCCCUUUGACCUAUUGAAAGAUCGAGCCGUCUGGGGCGCUCUGGGUAUUGCUGGUACCCUCAAUUUUGCCUGGUAUAUGCAGGGAGAUUACCUGUAUACUGUCCUUAUCAUUGCUUUCAAUUUCAGCAUUAUGGGAGCGACCAGAAUUCUGUCCCUCUACAGCUUUACUUCAGUUGUGGUGGGCUUUAUUUUGGGAUUGAUUGUGUACAAAGUUCGACGGCUCAAAUGGUUCAUCGUUGCGGGAACAUGUCUCUUUGCGGUCGCGUUCGGCUUACUUAUUCAUUAUCGAGGAUCACCAAACUCGGCGGGACAGUCUGGAAUCAUCGGUGCUCAAGUCUUACUUGGAUUUGCUGGUGGUAUGUUCCCAUACCCAGCACAAGCGUCAAUUCAAGCUGCCACCAAGCACGAGCAUGUCGCCGUGAUUACAGGUCUAUACUUGGCCACCUACAACAUCGGAUCAGCAUUUGGAGGCUGCGUCUCAGGAGCGAUUUGGACUCAAGUUCUCCCUUCGACACUGGAGGAUCGUUUGGCAAGCUUUGGCAACUCGACCCUGGCGGCAUCCACCUAUGCGAACCCCUUUGCUGUUGCUGCUGAGUUCCCGAUCGGCACACCUGAACGUGCUGCGAUUAUCGACGCCUAUCAGCAUGCGCAAAGAUUGCUCACCAUCACUGGUAUUUGUCUUUGCGUGCCAUUGAUCUUUUUCGCCAGUAUGCUUCGCAACCCCAAGCUUACCGACACUCAGAGUUUGCCUGAGGCGGAGAGCAAAGUCGUUCGAUAA